AUGGAUAACGAACUCAAACUGCCCAUCCUCAUCCUCAUAGUCUUGACAGUCUUCGGCUUAGCACUCGUUGGGUGCAUCUGCUACAUGGACCCCGACCACAUCAUGAUGAGGAUCAUUCGCUUCCUGUUCUUCGAAGGCGGCGCCGUGGUCAUACAAAGGAAUUUCCGAGCGAAUGAGAUCACCAUCAUCGGAGGCGCUGCCGUCAUGAGCGUCACUAUCGCGGCUGAAGACGCCUCCAUUCCGAGAGACAUUGAUAUGCUCAAGGUGUAUACGCGGCGUUCAAGACCGAGCCACGUACAUACGCAACUAGUACACCACCGGAGAGCAUAG